CAUGCGCACAACUCUUCGAACGGAAACGAGGUAGCACUGCCAGUGCAAAGCGGACGGCUGUGAUGGUGUCCUGACGCGUAGGAGUAACACAUUGGUUGGACCCUCAGCUGUACAUGGGUUGAAUCCCUCUGGCAGAAAGUGAAGGUAGCAUCCUCUGCUCCUUCCAGUUCUACCGUGUAUGUCCAUCGUUGAACCUUGAUGGAGAAAUGGGAAGACAUCAUAUGGAAAGGAUAAAAGUGCACUCAGAAACUCAGAAAACUACAAAGACAUACAUGCAGUCAAGAUAAUGAACAGACACUCAAAUUCCUCAUUCUUGGUGGAGCAGCAGACUGCUGAAUCUGAUUCCCUCAUGGCAGAUAAUCUCAGCAACAAAACCAUCAAGAGUGCGAAUAAAGAGGACACUGAAAACCCAGAAUUGGAUGAUCUGGAUUCCUUCAACUUGAUUGAGCCCCCUCCCCUGGACUGGAAGUCAGACUCAUCUACUGAGGGUGACUCCCUCAUUGACGUGGAUGACCGGAGCUUUCUGACGCCAGACUUAAUUGACAAUACUGAGGAUAGAAUAUGUGACCCACAGCCUUAUGUGGCACCCCAAUCCUGUCCCCAGGAGCAGGUCUCCAGUCUUAUAAACCAUCAGGACUGUCAUGCUGGCAGCAUCGUGGAGGAGAUAGUGGAUGACAGGGGAAAAAAUGAGAAUUAUCAGAUGAAUGGAGAUGAACAAAGUGAAGAAUAUAGACCAGAUGAUGACGACCACACAGAGAUCCAGGAACUUUUGUCCCAACUACAUGUUUUCAAGCAGACUUCACUUUCCAACACCUCCACCCAGGACCUCUCUGGUCCCAUCACUUACACUCCUUCAGAGAGAAUUGUAGCUUCUGCGGAUUUCGGCAUACUUCAGCCAGGCAAUGAGGGCCACCAGUGUGGAGGUCUUCUCUUCUCUGAAAGUAAUCAUAAAGACCUUCUGGGGCUGCUGGAAUGCAGUGAAAGGGAAAUCCAAGCACAAGGAGCAGAUGGCCCAAAUUUAUUGUCAUAUAGUGGUGACAUAGAUGCGGUAGUUUCAGUAUCAUACAGCCAGGAGGAAGGAGAGCGGUUUUGGGAUCACUUCACCAGUAACCAUGCAAAGAUUAAUUAUGAGUCCGUCAGUGAGACGCCACAAUGUGCAAGUCUGAAGGCUGCAGGGAGAACCUCUUCAGGGGAAGAAACUGCAGCUACCUGUAUCAGUGACUUGGAUUCAGAGUGUCAUCCAGCCUAUAAAGAUGUGCCUGGUCCAUGUGAUCCAGAGGACCUUCUGGAUGGAGUGAUUUUUGGAGCAAAAUAUCUGGGCUCCACUCAGCUAAUGUCGGAGAAGAACCCCUCUACCAAUGCCCGUAUGGCCCAGGCACAGGAAGCAGUGGACAGGAUCAAGGCUCCAGAAGGGGAAUCUCAGCCUAUGACAGAAGUGGACCUGUUUGUUUCUACUCAGCGUAUCAAAGUUCUUAGUGCAGACACACAAGAAGCCAUGAUGGACCACCCACUCCAGAUGAUCUCUUACAUCGCUGAUAUUGGUUCCAUAGUGGUCCUGAUGGCACGAAGGAAGCCAGUGGGGAAGAAAGGCAUGGAUGGUAGCCCACAGUCAGACUCCCCAGGCCCUCGCAAGAACUGCUGCAUGAUCUGCCAUGUUUUCUCUUCUGAGGACGCACAGAUUAUUGCUCAGGCCAUUGGUCAGGCCUUUGGAGUGGCCUACCAGCAGUUUCUGCAAGCCAAUGGCAUCAAGGCCAGCGAACUUCGACCAAGCGAGUAUAGCGACUACCUGGGCACGCAGGAGCUCUACAAUGGUGACCUGGUUCACUUUUCUCGCUCUGAGAACAUCAGAGAGGUGACCAUAAUCAAGGCCCAAGGUGAGAUCCUUGGACUGGCAAUAGUGGAAUCAGGCUGGGGUUCCAUCCUGCCCACUGUGGUUGUGGCCAACUUGCUGCACGGGGGUCCUGCUGAGCGCAGUGGGGAGCUCAGUAUCGGGGACCGCAUUAUGUCUGUUAAUGGCACCAGUCUGGUGGGCUUGCCCCUCACUACUUGCCAGAGCAUUAUCCGGGAUUUGAAGAACCAGACAGUAAUAAAGCUGAGUAUUGUCCAUUGCCCCCCCGUUACAAUGGCAAUAAUAAAGCGACCUGACCCAAAAUAUCAGCUGGGUUUCAGUGUGGAAGAUGGAAUUAUCUGCAGUUUAAUGAGAGGAGGCAUCGCAGAGAGAGGGGGCAUUCGUGUAGGACAUCGCAUCAUCGAAAUCAAUGGGCAGAGUGUGGUGGCAACACCUCAUGAAAAAAUCAUCCACAUACUGACACAUGCAGUAGGAGAGAUCCACUUGAAGACAAUGCCUGCAUCUACGUAUCGUUUGUUGACCGGACAAGAGCAGCCCCUCUUCCUCUGAGAGCGAGACAAGGGGAAAAAAAAACAUGCGAGAUUUAUCUCUGCCCAUGUGGGCAAACCAGGAACCUUAGUCAUACUUUGGUUUUGUUCCAUGCUGCUAACAUGGUGUAUCAAAACAGCUGUUUUGUCAUGGUUUAAUUAGGGUUCUUACCCAGAAUCAUAUUUGACUGUGAGCAGUCUGCUGAAAAUAUCAUUUUGAAUGAGUUUUUAGGAAGUAGAUACUGUAUUUGUUAAUAUUUUGAGCAUUGUUGUUAUGCCAACUACUUCUCUCUUGACUGAUAAGGAACACCAACAAUAUAAAGUUUCAGUGCUCUAUUGCCAGCGUGCCUCAACUACACAUGCAUAAAGAAGAUCUUUUAAAAAUUAUUUAAAUUUUAUAUACACUGUAUUUCUAUUAAAUGAAUUGAGUCAUAAGGACAAAUCAAUGAGCAACUUCAGCUGGGAUAUCAUGCAUGAGCCUCAUUUCUCCCCUGCACAAGAAAGUGACACUCUGCACAUGAAAGCUUUGCUUUUGCAUGCUCUUCUCUAAAGUGGUGCUUGCAAAAACUUAGAAUGAGCCUUGAAUUCUGGGUUUGCUGUUGAUAUUUGGUGUAACAUAUUUUUUAAUAAAUUCUAAGUGUGGUGAAUUAAUAGAUUUAUC